GGAAGACACGACAAAGAGGGGGAUACCAACAAGGAAAUUAUAAUAAACACACAGAGUAUGUGAACAGACAGCAGCAACAGACAGACGAGUGAGAAAGCGGAAAAGGAAAAAGGAAGUGAAAAGAGAAGUGGGAGGGAGAGAAAGAAAGAAAGAAAAGAGGAGGGAGAGAGAGAGAGCGCUUGCUAGCUAGCUCUGAGACACUGAACUCAGGAAUCCUGCACAUGUGGAUGCAAGUUACAGACUGCUAGCAAAACAGCUGCUGAAUGACCUGGGUAAGGAGAGCUACAGUAACAGGCACUGAGCUAAGAGUUAUAACUUUAUACUGAGUACAGGGCACAGAGCUAAGAGUUAUAACUUUAUACUGAGUACAGGGCACAGAGAGGGGGCACUUAUACCUACUGUGUCCUGGGCAUGUGGGGGAAGGGGUUAUACAGAGAUACAGUUAUACUAAGUACAGGGCACAGAGAUACCUACUGCGUCUUGGGCGUGUGGGGGAAGGGGUUAUACAGUUAUACUGAGUACAGGGCACAGAGCUAAGAGUUAUAACUUUAUACUGAGUACAGGGCACAGAGAGGGGGCACUUUUACCUACUGUGUCCUGGGCAUGUGGGGGAAGGGGUUAUACAGAGAUACAGUUAUACUAAGUACAGGGCACAGAGAUACCUACUGCGUCUUGGGCGUGUGGGGGAAGGGGUUAUACAGUUAUACUGAGUACAGGGCACAGAGCUAAGAGUUAUAACUUUAUACUGAGUACAGGGCACAGAGAGGGGGCACUUUUACCUACUGUGUCCUGGGCAUGUGGGGGAAGGGGUUAUACAGUUAUACUGAGUACAGGGUACUGACAAAAUUGUCACAAUGAUCUCUGGAACAGUACCUAAAUUACACAACUCCCACUUAUCCAUCAAAACAAAUUCAAAUAGCACACUGACCACAGUCCACUCUUUCAAAUACUUGGGUAUGAUGUUAGACCCCAAUCUAUAUUUUGGCCUCCACAUAGAAAAACUUGCAUCUAAACUUUAUCCAUAAGUAGGUGCCCUGUACAGAAACAAAUCCUGCCUAAGCCCUACAGUAAGGGAAAAGAUUGUACAGCAAAUGCUGAUGCCAAUCAUUGAUUAUGGGGAUGUAGUAUACAGUUGCAGAAAAAGUAUGUGAACCCUUUUGAAUGAUAUGGAUUUCUGCACAAAUUGGUCAUAAAAUGUGAUCUGAUCAUCAUCUAAGUCACAACAAUAGACAAUCACAGUCUGCUUAAACUAAUAACACACAAAGAAUGAAAUGUUACCAUGUUUUUAUUGAACACACUAUGUAAACAUUCACAGUGCGGGUGGAAACAGUAUGUGAACCCUUGGACUUAAUAACUGGUUGAACCUCCUUUGGCAGCAAUAACUUCAACCAAACGUUUCCUGUAGUUGCAGAUCAGACGUGCACAACGGUCAGGAGUAAUUAUUGACCAUUCCUCUUUACAGAACUGUUUCAGUUCAGCAAUAUUUUUGGCUCCUCAGAUACAUUAACAAAAAGUCAUAUUUUCUCCAAACAUAUUUCAUUAUGGAUAAUUAAAAUUAUAUAUAACAGGAUUAAGCUUUGUUAAGUGUAAUAAACUUAAAAAGUGAGAAGUAAAAAUAUGAUAAAAUAUGAUUAGAGGCUUAGGGUUAAAGCGUCUCUCCAAGCACCACAAACCAACUGUAAUGGUUAUGAUGCUAGGAGUACGCUGAUGCGAUUCUCCGGUAUCGGGCCAGAUUGUUUAGCAAAGAGUUUUCUCCUACUUUUGUCACCAAGGCUCUCACAAUGUCAGCUUAAAGGGACACUCCAGGCACCCAGACCACUUCUGCCCAUUGGAGUGGUCUCAGUGCCAACUCCCACUACCCUUAACCCUGCAAGUGUAAUUAUUGCAGUUUUCAUAAAAUGCAAUAAUUACAUUGCAGGGUUAACUCCUCCUCUAGUGGCUUUCUACUAGACAGCCACUAGAGGGCACUUCCUGGUUUCUACCACAGGUUUUGUGAGGCACGCUGUGUGAGGACCUCUAGCGUUGCUCAAUUCCCCAUAGGAAAGCAUUAAAAGCAUUUUCAAUGCUUUCCUAUGGAGAGGUCUAAUGCGCUCAUUAGGUCCCCUUCGCCGACGGCCACGCAUUCGCGAUCAGUCUCCCCUGCUGGAUGACGUCGGCGGUGGAAGAGCUUGAGCGGACCCGAAACCACUGCCGAGGGACAUCGGAGAGGGGGUCUCAGGUAAGUCACUGAAGGGGUUUUCACCCCUUCAGCAACAUGGGAUGGGGGGUGGGAGGGAGAGGGUACCUGCAGUGCCAGGAAAAUGGAUCUUUAAAGGGACACUGUAGGCACCCAGACCUCUUCAGCUCAUUGAAGUGAUCUGGGUGCUGUGUUCCCUGAAAUAUUUACAUUGCAGCUCUAAGUCUGCCCUCAGUGGCUGUCUACUAGAUAGCCACUAGAGGGCUUCUGAAAUCGAAUUGACCUUUGGUCCGUUAUCUGACACUGAACGUCCUCACGCGGCAGAUUUUUCCCCAUCCGAAGGCGAAUGAGCCCAUUGCCGCGCAUUCGCAUUAGGUCUCCCCCCCCACCAGCGCUGAGGGACAUCAGAUGGGAGGGAGUGGAGGACCCUAGAAAUCUAUAGUGCCAGAAAAACGGCUUUGUUCCAGGCUGGUUAAUGAAGCAAUAUCCCUGUCAAAUAUAAAUACUGCACAUACAGACUCCAAGCACCAUCACCACUUAAAAUUUGUGAAGUGGCCAUGGUGCUUGGAGUAAACCUUUAAGCAGUGGUGCCCAACUGGUAUUCGCCAGAUGUUUUAAAACAGCAGCUUCCGUGAUGCUUUGUCAGGCAUUCCAAAGGCAUGCAGUGUGCUCUACAACAUCUGGGGAUCUACCUACUGGGCACAUCUGCUUUAAAGGGUAGCUGUAUUUAAGAUAUUGUUAACUGUAACCCAUAUCAUAUCAUUAUACAAACUUUCAUAGGGUGAACCCAGGGCUCAGGAAUUAAACUGAUUGAAAAAUAGUUGCCAAUUGUUCUAUUACUGCACCUUCCUUGCAAACCACUAACUGUCUAUCUUUUGCUCAGAUUGGGAUGACUCACUGGUGCUGGCUCCGAGCUGUAGGAGUUUUUCUCCUCCUGUUUGUGGGUGAUCUUGGAGGUGAGAUUUCCACUAUGUAUUAAAUGAUUUAAAAGUAAUUAAUAAAAUUGUAUAAUUCUGUAAAUACCUCUUAUAUGAUCUUUUAUAGUAUUGAAGAUGCCCCGAAAACAUUCAUAGUGAGGUAAACACCCUGUGAAUUUUUAUAGUGGUGUACAGACCUGAUCCUGUCCUAUCUAUGUCACCCAAUGCUGGGAGGGACCGACUCCAUGUCCCAUAGCUCCCUCCUGUUUGUGUCACCCUGUGCUGUGAGGAACAGACUCCAUGUCCCAUAGUUACCUACUGUCUGUGUCACCCUGCGCUGGGAGGGACAGACUCCAUGUCCCAUAGCUCCCUCCUGUCUGUGUCACCCUGUGCUGGGAGGACAGACUCCAUGUCCCAUAGCUUCCUCCUGUCUGUGUCACCCUGUGCUGGGAGGGACAGACUCCAUGUCCCAUAGCUCCCUCCUGUCUGUGUCACCCUGUGCUGGGAGGGACACACUCCAUGUCCCAUAGCUCCCUCCUGUCUGUGUCACCCUGUGCUGGGAGGGACAGACUCCAUGUCCCAUAGCUCCCUCCUGUCUGUGUCACCCUGUGCUGGGAGGGACAGACUCCAUGUCUCAUAGCUCCCUCCUGUCUGUGUCACCCUGUGCUGGGAGGGACAGACUCUAUGUCCCAUAGCUCCCUCCUGUCUGUGUCACCCUGUGCUGGGAGGGACAGACUCCAUGUCCCAUAGCUCCCUCCUGUCUGUGUCACCCUGUGCUGGGAGGGACAGACUCCAUGUCCCAUAGCUCCCUCCUGUCUGUGUCACCCUGUGCUGGGAGGGACAGACUCCAUGUCCCAUAGCUCCCUCCUGUCUGUGUCACUCUGUGCUGGGAGGGACAGGCUCCAUGUCCCAUAGCUCCCUCCUGUCUGUGUCACCCUGUGCUGGAGGGACAGCUCCAUGUCCCAUAGCUACCUCCUGUCUGUGUCACCCUGUGCUGGGAGGGACAGGCUCCAUGUCCCAUACUGGGAGGGACAGGCUCCAUGUCCCAUAGCUCCCUCCUGUCUGUGUCACCCUGUGCUGGGAGGGACAGGCUCCAUGUCCCAUAGCUACCUCCUGUCUGUGUCACCCUGUGCUGGGAGGGACAGACUCCAUGUCCCAUAGCUCCCUCCUGUCUGUGUCACCCUGUGCUGGGAGGGACAGGCUCCAUGUCCCAUAGCUCCCUCCUGUCUGUGUCACCCUGUGCUGGGAGGGACGGGCUCCAUGUCCCAUAGUUUCCUCCUGUCACGCAGUAUUAAGCCCUGUGUGCUGGGAGGGGACUGCUCUAUGUCCCAUCCCUUCCCUGUCUGUGUCGCCUGUGCUGGGAGGGACAUACUCAUGUCCCAUAGCUCCCCCUCCCUGUCUGUGCCUCUGUGCUGGGAGGGACAGACUCCAUGUCCCAUAGCCCUCUGUCUGUGUCGCCUCAGGCUGGGAGUCUGUUCCCAGUAUUGGCUUAUUACAGACAGAAGGGAGCCAAGUGGGAGUGGACAUUGCACUCCCUCCUGUCUGUGUCACCCUGUGCUGGGAGGGACAGACUCCAUGUCCCAUAGCUCCCUCCUGUCUGUGUCACCCUGUGCUGGGAGGGACAGGCUCCAUGUCCCAUAGUUUCCUCCUGUCUGUAUCACCCUGUGCUGGGAGGGACAGACUCCAUGUCCCAUAGCUCCCUCCUGUCUGUGUCGCCCUGUGCUGGGAGGGACAGACUCCAUGUCCCAUAGCUCCCUUCUGUCUGUGUCGCCCUGUGCUGGGAGGAGUCUGUCCCUCCCAGCACAGGGCGACACAGACAGAAGGGAGCUAUGGGAGGGACAGACUCCAUGUCCCAUAGCUCCCUCCUGUCUGUGUCACCCUGUGCUGGGAGGGACAGACUCCAUGUCCCAUAGCUCCCUCCUGUCUGUGUCACCCUGUGCUGGGAGGGACAGGCUCCAUGUCCCAUAGCUCCCUCCUGUCUGUGUCGCCCUGUGCUGGGAGGGACAGACUCCAUGUCCUAUAGCUCCCUCCUGGCUGUGUCACCCUGUGCUGUGAGGGACAGACUCCAUGUCCCAUAGCUCCCUCCUGUCUGUGUCACCCUGUGCUGGGAAGGACACACUCCAUGUCCAAUAGCUCCCUCCUGUCUGUGUCACCCUGUGCUGGGAGGGACAGACUCCAUGUCCCAUAACUCCCUCCUGUCUGUGUCACCCUGUAUGGAGGAGAAACUAGACCAUGCCCCUUAAUGCAAUAAACCAGAAUCUUAUUAAUAGAUUAAUCCCAGCAAAUUGUAACCAUACCAUUGGAUGUGUUAUAUUCCCAGUAUAGCCUACACCUUUUAAUGAUUAAAUCACUUUGUUGACCAGAAAGUUAUUCAUCUGUUUACUCAUUUAUUAUACAGGAAAUUCCGAAGUUUGUUCACUCUGCUGUAUAUUUCUACGUGAAGACCGCGGCUUAAAUUGUACGUGGGCUGGUAAUGCAAACACGCAGUACACCCUCCAUUUACAGAGCCUGAAAUUGUGAGUGUAAGAAUGCUAAAUGCACGUAGCGUGUACCCAAUGUUUUCCAAUGUUUUUAGUUAGAUGGAGAAACACAAAACACUGUAUAGGACUAUCAGCCUGGGCCUAAACGCAGUGUGAGGGUCCGUCGGUGGUAGCAAGACCACCUCUCAGUGUUUAGUCUGGACAGUGUGUUCAGUAUCUGUGUGUGUCUGUAUCUGUGGCAGUAUGUCUGUCUGUGUAUCAAUGUUUGUGUGUCUGUACGAGUGUAUGUCUAAAAAAUCAACAUGGCUGCUAUGUGAGUCUAACAUACAAUGUCAUGCUAAUGUAGCAACAGGUACACAAUACGUGGCACAAUAUAUACAUACAGUUUCACACAUUCCAUUCUGAAAUGUAUGAACGUUUUGGUGCCUGGUGCUGAAUUCACCAGUUUGUAUAAUAUAUUAUCCAUAUCUGAACAGGCCUUCAGGGAUAGGAUAAGGUUAGGUUGCAAAAUUAUUAUUACUUUUUCUUAAUAUGGUCAGCACUUCAAUUUAUACACUAAUCCUUCAUCAGGAGUAGUUUUUUAUGUAGACUGGAUUAUCUAUACUGAAAAAUCUAAAUCUGAGUUCGAAUAAUGCAGCCAUAUAUUUAGCCUUAUGAUAGUACCUUAAUCCGAAAAUGAGUAUUUAGAAAACGCUUACCCUAUUUUGGCGGGACAGUCCUGACUUUCGAUCCCUGACCUGACUUUGUUCCCUGGUGCUCUACUUUUGGGGAUACGGAAGUACUGUGCUCAACAAGCAUAGCGCAAGCACAUCAAGAGACACUCUUGUGCUAUCCUCAGGGCAGUCCCACCAGGCUGACCUGUCAUUCCCUGGGCAGACCUGUUCCCUUUCCAUAGGUCCACUUCUUUGGGCUAAGCUAGUGAUGCAAUUCAUGUCAUUGAUCCACCUAACUUUACCCCCUCCCACUGCAUCCCACUUCACAGGACGUCAAAGUUGGGAGGUAUGUUAUAUGUAUGUGAGUAUAUUUUCAAAGUAGAACUAACCAUUCGGAGCUUCGGAAUCAUGAAUUUACUUGGCUCAGUUAGAAUAAAGGGAGGGCCCCAAACUGAUAACCUCUUAGGGCCUGAAGAAUCUUAAUCCCUCUUUGUACAAAUGAUAUUCUUCCAGAGAAUGUGUACAUUUCAAUUACAAAAUGAUUAGCAGGAGUCAGGGUUGGAUGUCAAUAGGUAGCAUCUGGGACCUGUACAAUUUGGUAGCACAUAAAAUCUCCUGUUUUUGCUCUUUCUUACAGUAACAUUAAUAAACCUAGCACGGUUUUAAAUUUUACUUCCCUGCUGGGCCGAACCUCGAUACUGAUUCCGCGGAAGAGCCUGACGAAAAACGACAAUUACCUUUUGAAGCUAAAACAUGGAGCUGAAGAGGAGAGCUACUACUUCACCUACGAUGACGCUGACAAAAAUUGUAUGAAGCCAUGGACAGGGCAUGGGGCUAGAGACAAGCACAUCAGGGGUUAUUCACUCUACUGAGAAACAUCUACAAUUGAUGAAGUAACUUUACAUUCCAUAACAAAAUAACUGAAUUGGAAUAAUCAAAGUGGUGGAGAGUUGUUAGUUCUUCAUAGUUCCAAGUUGAGUGAAUAAAGGAUCCAUGUAGAUGGGAAUUGUGGGUAAAUGCAUAGUAAAGGACAUCUACCACCUCAAAAUGUUUUUGAAUGUGAUAAUCCAUUCAUCAAGUUUGGAAAGAAUUGAGAUAUUUUUUUAAAAUUAAGUAUAUUUAAAUAAUAAGAAAAACAUGUCUUUACAUUCAGUAUAUGACAGAAUCCUUCAGCCAUAUACAUACACCUUGGGUCGGAGAGGCCCUGGGGAGAUAGCGCAGCCAAACGGACAAGGGCACAUGUAUGAGUGUGGGAAUGGAUGCUUGCAAUUGGCUGUAUGUGUGUAUGGGAGUGGUUAUAUGUUUGGUGUAGGGAUCAUCUUACCUCAGUGCCUCUUGGGAGACGGGCCAGCAAACAACUUACCCUUACUCUAUUGCUCCUGUUUGUCCUGGGCCUUGGAAACUUUCUGCUAAAGGAUGGAUGUGGAAGCAAUCCUGUCUGACCUCAGAGCUUCAGCUGCAUUGGAUGGUGGUAGGCCCCUCUGUGAGCAAUUUGCUCACUUCCAGCCUGGUUUGGCUGCCAGUGUGCCCCCCACUCCCAACGGGCAGGCCUCUGCUGGGGCCUCCCAUGCAGCCACAGCCCCUGCAAGGACACGCGGCCUGCUCCCCCAGAAGUUUCCAGCGCGCCCCCAGCAAUGGACAGUGGGCCGGGGGUACAAGAAGACGGCCUGCACGGCUCAGACAGCCUUGAGCGUCUGGGAGGCCUUCACAGGCGCCACGCGGUCGGCACGAUGGUGGACCUGUGACUGUGCCGGCGUUGGUGAGUGGGCCAUGCGGGGCACGGCUGUGCUGCCGUUAGAGGGUGUAGGGGGGUCCUCCCUGGGUUCUGGUAUGUCCUCUGGGGAUGAGUUUCGACCAGGGGGAUCCCCCUCUCUUCACCCUGCUUCUGGCUAUUGUUUCCCCUUCUCAUCCCCCCCUUUGGUGUCCCCCUGCCCUCCCUUGUUGGGCCCCCUUCUCCCGUUCUGGGUCCCUCCCUGCCCUCUGCCCUGCUUUCUAGCCCCCUCUCUCUCCUUCCUUCUUCCACCCUCCUCCUGUCCCCUGCUGGUCCCUCUUUCUCCCCUGGUUACUUACCUCGGCUGACCUUCUCUUCACUGCUCUUCUAACAGGAUCUGGCUGCUGUUCCUGGGACUGCCCAGGUGGUGCCUGGAACUCCUGCAAGGCUAAUUACUAGUGAAAGUGGACUUACCUCAAUCCUGCCAAGAUCUUCAUCAAUUCCUGUGCUGCGGGUGGACCAUCGGGCAUCAGCUAGUGAGUACGGUACUGCAGUCAGGGGGUCCCUCGCUGGGGGGGUUCCUGACGGAUCGGAGUUUAUGCAUCAGUGGGCACAGGGGACGCAAGCAUGCAGGGAUUCCCCCUUAGAUUGUUAGCUUCAGUCGGUUUGGUGCACCGCUCAGUAGCCGCUAGAGGUACAGGCUGUACAAGGGUUCAUAGGGUCCCCUCUGCCCGUGGUUAGUGUCACUACUAGCAUUCCUUCUUUGGUGUCAGUUACCACCUGCUGUCUUCGGCGCGGUAGUCAGCGCCGUUGAGGUUUCCCCAGUGAUGAGUGUCUCUCUGGGUGUCUCUGACGUGGCGUGGAGGUCCGCUUAUAUAUGUUGGUCCGGACCUCUGGGUUUGCACCUGAAGCAGGAAGUUAUGGAAAACAUUUGGAAGGGAAUGAAUGGAGAAAGACAAAGAAAAAUACUGUUACUGAAAGAUCCCCAAGACUUUCGGAAUUGGAUUUGGCAUUUUCCAUAUUGGCUAGCGUCAUUGGGGAAAAGGCUCCAUUGUUCUGCUACCAGGACACCAUUUGGAACGCUUGUAUGGCGUGCUGGUGGAAGUAUAACAAGCAAUUUCAUCAACGGUUAGCGGUGCCCCCCUCAAUUUCCUGGGACCAGAUGGACAUUGGCCUCUGGCUCUCCAUUAUGACCCACCCGGUGCUGCAGCAGGGUAGUUUCUCGUCUUUUUUGGGGUUGGCCGCUGGGGGGAUCCUCCGCCUCACCAGUCGCGCAACAGAGGCCAGACUGUUGUUGGAAAUUUAAUGACAGUCAUUGCAAAUGGGGAGCCUUGUGCCGUUUCAAGCAGGAAUGCUCAACCUGCGGGGGUGCUCAUCCCGUUUCCCGAUGUUUCAAGCGGAGAAAAGCUAGUGAGAAAGGGGAUCUGAGGUCUAAGGGCGACUGUCGUAAGCACAAUGUGCCAGUGGAUCGCCAGUUAUAGGAAUCGUCGGGCAGCCAACAUCCUGUUGGGCGGUUUUGAGCACGGUUUCUGGAUUCCUUUUACUUGUCACGCCCCACCUCGCUGCUGGUUCGGAGCUUUUGGUUGCUCUGGGAUUUCCCGCAUGUGGUUCGGGAGAAGCUUCGCAAGGAGGUGUCUCUGGGUUGCAUGGCGGAUCCCUUUAGCGACCCCCCUUUACCGAACUUGCGGGUCUCCCCCAUGGGCGUGGUGCCCAAAAAGGAGCAGGGAAAAUAGAGUUUGAUUUAUCGUUUGUCAUACCUUCGCGUACCCUCAGAUGUCCUACGCGUCCUUUGACGUGGCAGUUGGCAUGGUCAGGCCUGCAGGCCCCGAGGCCUUGUUGACCAAGGCCGACAUGGAAUCAGCCUUUCGUUUGCUGUCGGUGCAUCCAGAAUGUCAUCAUCUUCUGGGUUGUGUUUUUGAAGACAUGUACUAUGUGGAUAUGUGCCUCCCGAUGGGCUGUUCCAUAUCCUUUUUCUACUUUGAGUGCCUCAGCACAUUCUUGUAGUGGGUGGUUAGGAGGGAGGUAGGGAUCGACUCCCUGCUGCAUUACCUAGAUGACUUCCUUUUUGUGGGUCCGCACGAUUUGCCUGCCUGUGCGCUGCUGCUGCGGGUUUUGGGGCAUGUUUUUCGACGCUUUAGCGUCCCAUUGGCUUAUGACAAAACAGUGGGUCCGGUCAUGUGUCUCAGCUUCCUGGGCAUUUAUAUUGAUUACGUGCCAUUUGCCCUCUGAUAAGAUUCAAGGCUUGCGGCGGGAAGUGUCUAUGGCCCUAGGACGGCGUAAGAUCCAACUGCAGAACCUGCAGUCGCUGCUGGUUUAGCUGAAUUUCGCCUGUCGGAUCAUGCGUCUGGCUGCGGCGAUGUCCGGGGUCAUUGGACCACAGCACUUCAUUCGACUUAUUCGGCCUCUGCAGGAUGAUCUGGCGGCCUGGCACUCCUUCCUGGCUGCCUAUAAUGGCUGGUCUUACUGGCAGGCGCCGGAGGUCUCUAACACGGACCUACACAUAUUCAUAGAUGCGGUGGGCUCGGUUGGGUUUGGGACAAUUCUGGGCUCUAGAUGGUGUGCUGCCUCUUGGCCGGACAGUUGGCAUGUUUCUGUCCUAGCUAGAAAUCUAGCUCUCCUAAAAGCUCUUCCCCAUUCUGUUGGCGGUGGAGGUUUGUCACUGUGACAAUCUGGGGGUGGUUCAAGCUAUCAAUCGGCUAACAGCCUCCUCCCCUCCAGUAGUUCGCUUGUUUAGGCGUCUGGUGCUCCAAUGUUUGUCUCCAUGUGUAUUGUAGGGCGGAGCAUAUACCUGGCAUUUACAAUUUAAUGACGGAUGCUCUCUUUUAUUCGCAGUGGUCGGAAUUUCGGACAGUCGCCCCGCAGGCGGAUCUGGAGGGGACUCUGUGGAGAUGUGGUAGCUUGGUCUGGCAGAUUGAUGGACUUGGUCCGUGGGUUGGUCUCCAGGGCCACGUGGACAUGAUACAGUAAGGAGUGGUGUGAUUGGGACAAAUGGGAGCACGAUCAGGGUGGUUUUGGUGACUCAGCUGCCUGCCUCUCAGGUCUUUUGCAGCUCUUGGAUCACUGGGAGUCCGCGGGUAAGUCCCCAUCUGCGAUCUCCUCAAGUUUUUCGGGUCUUAGCUUCCUAUUCAAGCUACAUGGGUGGGAAGAUUCUACCAAGGCAUUUGUAGUGUGCCAGGCACUGAAAGGCUUGAGGCGGCGAAUUGCUUCCGCGGAUGUGAGAAGAUCAGUCUACGCUGUGCUCCUGACAAGAUUGUGUGGGGUGCUUCCUCGGGUCUGUUACUCAGUUUUUGAAGCCCGUCUAUUCGCUUUGGUCUAUUCCCUGGCAUUCUUUGGGGCUUUACGCAUUGGGGAAUUGGUGAGCCCUAGAAGGUGCUGCAGUGGUGGGGUUUUGUUUGCCGAUGUUCAGUGUGCUGCGGAUCAUAUUGCAAUUAAGAUCCGACGCUAAAAGACCUCCACUACCACGCACCAUCUUUUCUGUCUGUUAUUGUUCAUGUUACAGCUAGCAGGGGGCGCGUCCUUGCUAAUAGGUUUUGGGGGAUUGUUACAUUGAGUGUCAGGAUAUGGACAAGGUCGGAUCUCAACCUCCCCUGCUCUGUAGAGUAAACUUUAAUUUACCGAUUUGGACGUGCCCACCAAGCUAAAACCCGGCUGGUGGUAAGCAUUAAAAGGAAAAGGGAAUUUGGUUUCGACAAGGUGGAGGCAAGAACUCAGUGGGCAAGUUGGUGCAUAGACAGGUGGUCUCUUUCAUUGGCAAGGACGUUUAUGUAAGCUAAAGUCUGUAUGGCCUAGGUGUUAAUUUAUAUGUCAAGUUAUGGAUUAUUUAUCUCUGGUUAUAAUUAAAUGAUAAAGUUAAUAAAUGUUGGAUGAGUCCUACAGUCUUAUGUUUAAUAAAUGCUGUGGCCUGUUUAAUCCAAAUUCGGUGUCUGUCUUUAUUAGGGGGGGUGGGGUGGUGGGGCUCCGUUAUUCUUAUUCCUCACUACAUCCAUACAUGUGUUUGAAAACCGACAGUUGGUCUCUAUGGUCUUCCCUGCUUCUGUGUAAGGAGUGAAGCCAGGAAGAUCAUAGAGACUGUCAGAUUCAAGCUUUCUUACAAAAGGUGUAUGUAUAUGGCUGAAGGACCCUGUCAUAUACUAAAGGUAGAGGUGAAUUUGUCUAAAUACUUAAUUUCAUAAAAUAUAUUUCCUUAUAUAAAUAAUUGAUGAAAUGAUCAUUGUAUUAAAAAUAGAGGUCACAGUUGUCUUUUAACUCGAGUAAGCUAAAGAAAACUACAAUCUUGUCUUUUAUUUACUAAUUGAAUUCUGUUGAUAAAAAAUGGAAUACUAAAUUGGCAAACUAUCAGCCUGUACUUAGCCGAGUGAGAAAUAUAGGUCAAUUUGAGACUUUUACCUGCGCUAGUUAAUUUAGCAUGAUUUAUAAAGUUUGUUACCAUGCUCUGAAUUUGCACCAAAAUUUACAGAUUUGAGGAUAACAGAAGUUGAAUAAAGAACUAUUUGUGUUUCGGUAAUUAGAAAUCUAAAUAAUAAUAAUUGACGUACCCGAAAAACCCAACUAUUACAAUAAAAUACAAAAAAAAUAGUUAAAUUAGCUACAGCAAAUUAAAUAAUUGUCCGGCUGGGUAGCCAAGAAACAAAUCGAAGGCCUGUCCAACCUGUGGCCCCCCCCCUGGAUGUUGCUGAACUACAACGACCAUGAUUCUUUCAAUUAGACAGAUAGCCAGGGAAUCUUGGGAGUUGUAGUUCAGCAACAUCUGGGGGGGCCGCAGGUUGGACAGCCUUUGGAAAAAUAUUCAUACCCCCAGAGUUAUCUGUGAAUGGUCCAAUGUGAUUGACUUGGCUGUUAUAGCCAAUCCUAUUACUUCAUUUAUUUCUAAAACUAGACCAAACUACGCACGCCGGGUCAGUGAAUUCAGUGAGAAUUCAAAGUUCAUUUCAAAUUUAAGGUUAAAAUAGCCAUAUUUGAAACAUUCUCUAAGUCAGCUAUAUUUUGAGUUUAGUUACUUUUGCCUAAAAUUUGAAAGUCAAUAUUAAUUCUCUCUUUUGUGAAUAACCGUACUAAAGUUUUAUUGACUAAACAGAGAAUUGUGGUGAAAACAGAUUUGCAAAAUUCACACUAAAAUAUCCACUCUAUGGUGACUAUUUAUUAAAUAGUGAAAUGUUGUAAAUUCAUCAGUGAAUUUCAAACUGUUCAGCAGUUCAGCUAUCACGGCCUUAAAUCUACAUUGAUGAAGAAAUCAGUGCUUUGUAAAUAAAAUGUCAUACUAUCGCUAAGUCAGGGACGUUUUCAUUUCUAUUUCAUUUGCAUUGGAACUGCUAUUAGGAUGCUGCAAUGGCCACCAGAGGGAGCCAAAAUAUAACUGUAUUUGGUAAUUCUGUAAUCUGGGCUGAAUUGGGUAAAGUUGAUAAUUAAGCUCUACAGUUUAGAGCUAUAUAUACCUGCAUGAAUUAAAACAAAUCUCCUUUCCAGACAUUUUUUCCAACUUGGCUGUCAAGCGCUAAAUUUAUAAAUUCAAAUUAAAUCACCAUAAAUUGACAUUUCCUCUAAUAAUGGCUAAAAAAGGGCAAAUUUGUUUGAGUCUGUGUGGUUGGGGGGGAGACCAUCCAGGAGAUUUUAACAAAUUUUAUGAUCUACUGAACAAACUAUCUUUUUCCAGACAGACUAAUUUACUGAUGUUUAAAUGCACACUGAAUGUGCUGUGUAGCUCGGUUAUACGGUUAUACUGUAUACACAACAAAAAUUACGAGAUCUUUGAAAAAAGGUACAUUUACAUACCUACUAAGUGUCCCUAUUUUGGAGGGACAGUCCCUAUUUUGGACCAAAACCCCUCUAUCCAUCUUUUUUAUCCUAAUGUCCCUAUUUUCUGGGAGCUUCACAUUGCUAGUGUGUCUGAGUGUAUAACAGAGCUCCACAGCAAUAAUACUCCCAGUAAUGUGUCCUAGUGUAUAACAGAGCUCCACAGCAAUAAUACUCACAGUAAUGUGUGUGAGUGUAUAACAGAGCUCCACAGCAAUAAUACUCACACUAAUGUGUCUGAGUGUAUAACAGAGCUCCACAGCAAUAAUGCUCCCAGUAAUGUGUGUGAGUGUAUAACGGAGCUCCACAGCAAUAAUACUCCCAGUAAUAUGUCCUAGUGUAUAACAGAGCUCCACAGCAAUAAUACUCACAGUAAUGUGUCUUUUAAACAUAAAAUGUCUCAAUAGCCUUGCCCCUGGACACAUACCCACUCUCAACAUGAGAUCUUCUUUAAAAUAGGGGAGAACUGAAAAAAGGGGACAGAGAGAUGUGGUUUAAAAGACAUUUUAGAGGAGGAGAAAUGGCCCUUGUUUACUGACGGUCAGAAUGAUGGAAGAAAAUAUAAACUGAGUUAUUAACUUAAGUUAAAAUUUUUAGGAAUUCAAAGAGAAUUUAAAAUUUUAGAACAUAAUAAACGAACUGGAACAUUCUCAAAGUUAGCCAUGUUUUCAGCCACGUUUUCAGUAAUUUGGCCUAAAAUGUGAAAUUCUCCUUGAAUUCAAGGAGAAUUAUUACAACUUUUUAAUGCAGCAUUAAUCUAAAGGUAUAUUUUAUGAAAAUAUAUAUUAUUAUAACGGAAUAUGCAGGGCUACCAUUAUAUAAUGCAGAACUCCUAUAAUAAUAUAACACAAUAUAUAACAUUAAUAUAAUACUAUAUAACAAUGAUAUAAUAUAUAACACUGUUAUAUUACAACACUAUAAUAAUAUCAUAUAUAACAAUAAUGUAUAACAAUAUUAUAAUACAACACUAUAAUAAUAAUAUAUAUAACAAUAAUAUAAUAAUAUUAAUAUAAAGGUCUUUCUUACAGUGCUGAUUGAACCUCCCCUCCUCUCAGACGUUAUGUUCAGUGGGGAGAGCGAUGUCUCUGCUCACAUAUCGUGGCCAAUUCCAAGUGAUAACCUGCAUGUGGCGAUCCGGUACCAGAAUUUGGCUGAUACUAACAGCAAAGAAUGGAUUUAUGUGAGUUUUGUAAAAAAGAGAGGCUUUGUUGGUAAAUCACAAAUGAACUCUCUAAGUUCCAUAAUAACGACAAUCCUUUGUAGUGGUUAUGGUGCUAUGAGUCUGUGGCGCAAUUCCUCAGAUAGCUGUUAAACCAUUUUGGAGAAGUUUGAAAUAAAGAAGGAGCUCCCCUUCAUCCCUAGCCCACCCCAUCUACAGCCUCAUUGAUAAGGUGUUCAUUCAAUGUUGAAUCACCACCAUCCCUUGGAAUUUGACUCUAUCCCCUAACUUGUUGGGCUUUGCCCAUUUAUCCCAUAUACUAAACCUCUGACCUAGUGAGAGGGCAUGGCAUUUCAACACCAUGAACUUAUAGAUACAGGUGUUUGGGAAGCAACAAUCACCUUAUGGAGAUACUUUUCCAUUUAUCAAUGGCAUCCCUAGAAAACAAGACAAUGUACAGGCCUGUCUGUUAGGGUUUCUAGGAUCUGAUGGCCCAAUGCACAAGCCAUGAAUGAUGCAUAAAUGAAAGCAGACUAAGCAUGUCUGAGGGGUGUAUACCCAGAGAAGAGAACAUUUUCUUCAUAAUGUUAACAUGAUCAGUUACUCAGCUUCCCAGCAGCUUCUCCAGCCAUCAAUAAAAAGGGGUUGGCGAGGAAACCGCAGAGUUUAUUAUGACUGACAAAGCAUAUUUUUUUUGUUUUUUUAAAACAUAUCUAUUAAAGAAGAACUGGAGGGGCACUUCCUCGCCUGCCCCGUUGGACCAACAGUGCUCGACAUGAGGAGGCAGUACCUAAGUAUAAGCUCUCAUUUUAAGAAAUCUCCAUGUGUAAUUCAUGCAGGCCGACCCAUCUGACAUACAACAUGACAAUUAUGAAAUUAGUGAUUUAGAACCGUUCUCACAAUAUGACGUCCAGGCACGCUAUGAGUCAAACAACACAUUGAGGAGUCUUUGGAGUGAGUCUCGUACCUUCUGGACUCCAGAGCAAGGUGAGCACAUGGAGCGAGGAGAUCAGGUAUCAUGUCUGUCUCCCUCUUUAUAUCUUCUUCUGCCAUGUUCCUCUCUCACCUCAACUUUAUAUUAUGCCAUUAUAAGUUCUUAAUUCACAUGCUCUGUUCCCCAUCAGCUCCAGUUGGUCCUUUGGAUGUUUGGAGGAAUUUCGAUAUGAAACAAUUUGUAAUUUUAUAUUGGAAGGUGAGUAUGUUUGAGAGCGAAUGCUGUAUGACUGUGAAUGGGUCACUACUCCUACCAGAUACUGGACACCAUGUCUUCAGUUUAAUUGGUUGCCCAUGGUCCCAGGGCAUUUCUAUUCACUCAUGCUGCCAACAUUGUGUGCCCUUGAGGGUUACCAGAAUAUGAACAUUCGAGAAUUAAGGUUCAUUCUUCCCAUAAAUGAGAAGUGUCUCUGCCACUUUUUGUUUGGAGGAGGUUUGCACCACAUUGUGUUUAAGGGAUGGGUUGAUGUGUGUCCAUAUUAAUAAAUGAUGGGUAACCCAACCUGUAAUUGUCAAUAAUCAUAACCCUUUGUGUGCAGCCUCAGCACUGCCAAUACCCAGGAAGUGACAAGUGGAAUUACAUCGUAACCUAUAUACAUGGUGGUGGGUCCAAUGCCUUGAAGACUCCUUAUCGGGAGCCACUCUGUGAGGUCAAGCUGCCUGCCAACUCAACUCAUAUGUGUGUCAGCGCUCAGAACAACAAUGGAACCGGGCCGCCUACCUGUGCCACAACUGUGUGUUUAGGUAUCUGUUCUACGGCUUCUCGCAGGGUCAUUGUGUUCAGCCAUCACUCAUUUUAUGAAUUUUGUUAGAGAUUGGCUUUGUCACUGAAAGCCUGUUGUUCUUUUCUUAUUUCUAUUAAGGACCUGAAGAAUUAGGUUUUAAUUUCCCUGGUCUGGCCAGCUCUUCGGGUUAUAUUAGGAAUCUGCCGUGCCACACGCAUAUAUAACUGCAUACUAUAUGUUGUGAUGCCUGGCUCUUAGUCUUAAGGUUAUCAACUUGUGGUUCCCUAUGUAGGGCCCACGGUAUUUAGCAUUAGUUUAAUUUUUGGAAGUUAAUAAUAUUUAAUAAGCAGCGAUUAUCUGAUACUUUUUCAGAAAAAAGGUUUUAUGUCUGAAAGUAUCCACUGUUAGUAGUAGUUUGGAAAAGUCUAAUAAAAUAUCGCUGUUCUGGAUUGAAACCAUUAACUGCUAAUUUUUUGGUAUAACAUCAGACUCAUUCAUUAAUCUCACCAUGUCUGAACUCUUUUAACAGAUACGAAACCUCUUGAUGUGGAGAUUAGAGUGUGGCUUAAUGUGACCCAGGGAGUUACAGUGUGGUGGGACGAAUCUCUGAAUGAACGUUGUGAAGAUCUCACUUAUCUGGUGGAGUGGACCCAACUGACCGAAGGAGGAAGUAAAAUGAAGAAUUGGGCCAGGAGACAAGUUGGCAAACAGAAUGUAACACUGCCAGGUGAGCAGCUAGCCACAGCUCUGCCCGGUGACCAGUCAGUCAGAACCUUACACUGCCAGAUGACCAGUCAGUCAGAACCUUACACUGCCAGGUGACCAGUCAGUCAGAACCUUACACUGCCAGGUGACCAGUCAGUCAGAACCUUACACUGCCAGGUGACCAGUCAGUCAGAACCUUACACUGCCAGGUGACCAGUCAGUCAGAACCUUACACUGCCAGGUGACCAGUCAGUCAGAAACUUACACUGCCAGGUGACCAGUCAGUCAGAACUUUACACUGCCUGGUGACCAGUCAGUCAGAACCUUACACUGCCAGGUGACCAGUCAGUCAGAACCUUACACUACAAGAUGAGCAUUAGUUUUGAUACGCUAUUGCAAUAAUGUUUUUCUGCCUUCUCUCCACAGGUAAAUUAGAUCCACAGGUUCCAUACCAAGUCUCCCUGUUUACUUUGUGCCAGAGCGACUGUAAAGGUCCUGUUUCCACCAUUAUGUUCUACAGUCAGGAAGGAGGUGAGCAAAUUAUUGGAAAAUAACUAUUAGAAAUGAAAUAUAAAGAUAAAAUAAAUUAAUAAACUAAUACUGAGCAGAUACUAUUGAGAAGGAUGGUUUGUAGGUUGCUGUAAGGUCUACGCUGGCUUUUUUUUGCAUGUUUUUUUCUCUUCCUAGUUGUCUUCUCUCUCAUGUUCGUAAAGCAGUAUUGAGUAUGUUUGCACUUUAUAACUAAUUUCAUAAAAUUGAAGGGUACAUAAUUUUAUUAGAGGCUUGAUACGGUAGAGUGAGGUUUAUGUGUAAUAUUUAUAAAGAUUAGAAUAAAUAGAGCGUAGAAGACGUGUGGGGAACACAUGUAGACAAGUGAAAACAGAUUUUGAGAUAAGAAUGCAGAUCUGUUCAGACAAAGAUCUAUAAAAAACUAAUUUGAUGUUAUUGUCUCCCCCUCCCCCUGCUCAUUCUCUUCGACCAGUCCCCUCUUCUGCCCCAAACUUUUCCGUCCUUCCCCUCUCUUCCACAGAUAUCUUUAUUUCUUGGAACGAGAUCCCUGUCUGGAAACAGAAAGGAUUUAUUACCAGUUACACUGUCUACCUCAACAGUACGGUGGAUUCUCAGCGUCACCCAGGUAUCUGUCUCCGACAUGCAUCGCGAUCCCCACUCUUUGCAACUACCAUUAUCUAUCUCUGGUCGCCAUUAUUCCCACUCUUUGUAAUCCGCUCAUUUAUUCAGGCGAGAACUGCCAGCCUUGUAACAAGCAUCCAUUGACCUGCUGUCCACUGUUGGCUCCACUUCUACAGCUGACUAAAAUCCCCACAAUCCCUUGCAAACUUUUGGCAUAUUUAGCCUCAGAUGAUUUCCACCUUACAUUUUACAAAUGGCACUAAAAGGUGUUUGAAAGUAUUUUUCUUGCCUCUCUGAUGUUUUCUUUCUACCCGACUUUAACCUGCCCCCAUGUGUGUUUGUUAGCCCCGUGUUUCCAUUCUGUAAAUGCUCAGUUAACCCUUGGUGCUUUGUCCCAGUGUCCGCCAGGAAUCUGUCUAUCUCAGGGCUGCUACCAAGUACUGUAUAUGAGAUCUGGGUGACGGCGUCCACCGCCGCUGGGGAAGGGACCCGAGGAGAGGUCAAGGUAUUUCACACUAAAGGUAUUUAUUAAAGCUGGAAUGUUUUGUAGACUUACAUUUUUUGUUAGAAGAUCCAUAUCACCUGUCUCCAUCACGACACUCCCUAUCUCUGCGAUGUCUCCAUUCUACCCUAGUGGGCCACAUUGUGUUUAGCUACCGUUACCUUUCCCCCAUACUGAGAAAUUCAGUGCAGAUAUAAAAUUCACAUUACUUCUCUCUACACUGCACUUGCAGACAGGCAGUAUCCAGCCACGCUCUCUCUGGUCUGUCUUUUUUUACAUACAAUAUUCACAAUACAAUCUCUCCCUCAGGUUCCGUACGCCUUGCAGUGAUCUUGCUCCCCAUACAUAUCACCCUUGUGAUGUUUGGAUUUCUGAUCUUUAUUUAUGUCCAGAGGAAACGAGGCAAAAUGUGUUGGAUACAAAUUCCAAAUCCAGAGAACAGCCGCUCUGUGGCUAAACUCUUUAACACCAAAUACAGUAAUCCCUGGGACACCAUACAGGUACAGUAUCCCCUAACAGAGAGUAUGCAAUGUAUGCUAACUGGACUUUUUUGUCAGUAUACGUUUAUUGAGGUUGAGAUAGCACAGUACAAACUAUGAAGAAUAUCGGACAUGAUUUCACAGUGCAACGUUGUGAUGUAGAAUGUCGGGGGUUCUAUACCAUCUGGCCAAUGAUUUGACGCUUUUUCCUGAUAUUUUGAGCUAAUUGAGCACUUAUGUGUAAAAAUGAAGAUUUUUGUCCCAUUUCUAGUCAGUCAGAGUCUCCCCUGUUUCUCUCUCCUACCUUGUUUGUUCUCACUGUGUAUGAGAAUGAAGUAGAGCACAGAGAUUCCUCUUUGGAUAUGCCGCCUGGUGGUGCACAUCAAUUCAAACUGCGUAGGUCUCUAUGGUAUAGGCUUUGCCCGCCGUAGCGAUGUAGUAGGUCUUGAUUUGAUGGUAAUGUAACCCCGUCGGGGUUGCGUCUUUUAGCAUGUCCGCCAUCUAUUUUAAGUGUUCACUGUCGCACCAUUGAGUGUAUAUCCUGUCAGUCAAAUGGAAAGUGUGCAGGUCAGCCGGGUUCAGUCCUCCACCCAGCCCAGAGUUAUGAGUGACCAGGGUCAUAGGGCCAGGGGACAUCAUUAGUUGCCUCUGGUAGCGUAGGGAGCACCACACACUCAGCAUGGAAUCAAUCAGAGGGUUACCUGUGCAUAAAACACCAAACGUCAAACCCCCAUGCCAAAGCUUGUGGCUGGUAGGGCAUGCCAGUUGGAAACCCGGAGCAAGUGAGCCACCAGAUAAUACCCGAAGAUCGAUGGGAAACCAGUGAAUCCUUGGUUCUUGGGUAGGUCCAGUUGGGAUUUACUAAUCCGCGGGGACCUUCGGUUCCACACGAACUGUCGGAUGGCCGCUCUUAUCGAUUGAAAGAAUGCCCUUGGGAUCAACACCGGGACUGUCUGAAACAGACAUAGGAGUCGUUGGAGGAGAUUCAUCUCUAUGGCGUUGAUGUACUUUAAACGUUUUUUAUCACAUGCUCUGUAAAUUGAACUUUAAUCACAUACAUGAUGCUCCUGCAAGAUCUAGCAAGCUAUUAACAGAUGAUGAGAUAAAAAAUUCUAAAUUAGACAGAAUUUGCAAUGCAGGAAGUGUAAACAUUAGAUGACUCUUUACAUGGAAGUGUUUAUGUCACAUGCAGGGAGGUGUGACUGGGGCUGCAUAUACAAAGUUAUUUAACUCCUAAAUAGCUGAGAUUUGAGCAGUGAGCCCGCAGCGGCAUGAUCUAUACUCCAGAACCUCUUCAUUAAGCCAAAGUUGUUUUAGUGGCUAUAGUGUCCCUUUAACUUUUCAGAAGCCUUGAGGAUGGAAUUACAGUUCAAAUUGAUUUAGAAAAUAAGAUACUUUUAUAAAAUGAGAGUACGGAGAGACGGUACUUACAAUGCGGUGGUUAUGGUACUUGGAGAAAACCUUUAUACAUCUUUCAAGUAUUUAUGUAGUUCUUGAAGUUUGGCUUAUGCUGUAUUAAUGUCCUUAUUGAGCUGGCAAGUCAUUUGUCUAUGUGAACUCCUUCUUGCCCUUAGCCUGACAGUAGAUAAGUCAUGCUGUCCCUUUCAGUAACAUGGGGAGGUGUAGGUUGUAAUAAGGUGGAAUGUGGAGCAAAGUCACUGAAGCUAAAAGUCUCCGUCCAGUGGUGCGGUUUAUGUCACCUGGUUGUACAGGGUAACUCUCAGCUAUUUGUAGCAGAGGUUAUCAGUGUCUCAGUUCACUAACCCCCUGCCGGCGCGUGAUGUACCUCGCUCUCCACAAAGCAGGGUUGAUGGCCUGUGAGAGGACACUUUUAGAUCAUUAAAUCUGCAAGCCACACACUCUGGGUCAGGACAGUAAUUAACACACACAAUACUGGAACACCUUCUCAGAAUAUUAAGAAACUAACCCGAAUUGUAUCAUGGUGUCUACCACCAGGCCUACUGCACCCCAGGGCCCAGUCCUCCUGACCGGGGUGUAUUCACUAAAGUAUGAAUUGGAGCAGAUGGGGAAAUGUAGGAUAAAAUUGCUAAGUUGUGGCUGGGGUGGAGAAUCAUUCCAAAUAAGCUAUAUUAGUUUAAAAUGUGCCAUUUUUUAUUUAAAUCAUCUACAAUUUGACGUUUAGUUAAUUAACCCCCCAGGUGUUAGAUCCUUCCUACCAUGGUGAGAGCUCGCCUAAGUCCUAUCUUCCAGAACUGAGCUCACUUUUCAUAGUUCUGAAACCUUAACACAUAGAUAAUUGGUAUAUAUCUCAUAUUGUUGUGUUGGAUUGAAUACAGAAUGGCACAUUUAGGAUUAAAUAGGCAAACUGUGACUGUGGAACAUUUUUACAUUCAGCUUUCCAGUCACUACGGUUGGUGUUUAGUCAAUAAGCCCCUAUGAUUAAAACUAUUCACUACUUUACGUCUUAAGUGUUACCUGUAUCAAACAGAAAAGGGAGAGUAGAUUAAAUAUGGAUUAAUGACACGGUGCUUGGGUGGGUUACAGAACUAUCAAAGCCUCAUUUCUCAGGCUCAUAUUACACGUGGGUGGCUGAUAUUAUUUCCAUCUCUCAGGAUCUGUGCUGGCUGUGAUCAGGAGAAUAGAUAGAGAAUUCCUGUUUAUACAGAUUCAUCUAUUCUUUUGAAUAAUGCAGACAGAUUCUGGAAUCCAGGGGGUAGGGAUUCAGAAUGAGCGAUGCCACGCUGAACGACGAGGAUUGGGUUACAGAACUAAAACGAUAAAAGAAUGGAAGGUGUGUUUGGUGAAAAGAAGGGCAACUCUGCAGAGAGAAAAAAAAUGACAUUUCGAUGAAAUUUGAUCUCUAAAUUUUUCCAUCUCGGCUGCUCUGCACUAAAAAGUGCAAUUCUCCUUGGUUUAGUGAAUAGUUCGAUUAUUUGAGAUGUGUGUACUCGCCAGCGAUACACUUUAAAAAUCGUUAAAAUUCACUGUAAAAACAAAGACACCCCAUACAUAUCCCAUUGUACAGCGCUGUGGAAUUUGUUGGAGCUUUAUAAAUAGUAAUAAUAAUAUGGGCACAGCAUCAUUAAACCAGUAUGAAAUAAUACUGCCAUUUAAAUGGAUGUGUGGGUUAUGGUGACUUAGGGACAAGGGGUGUUUAGAGUUAGGAUUGGGAGAGUUUAUGAUUAAGGGAGUCUUAGAGUUAGAGGGUAUCUGAUUUAAAGGAUCUCUAUAGUAGGGUCAGGAACACAAACAUGUAUUCCUGACCCUAUAGUGCUAAACCCACCAUUUAGGUGGCUUGACCCCUUUAACCCCCUUAAAAAGAAUGUAAACUCACCUUAUUUCUAGCACCAUGCGGGUCUGCCAGCGCUGACCCCACCCCCUUGGUGACAUCAUCAGAAUUGCAGAUUUGUAACCAAUCCAAUGCUUUCCCGUAGGUAAACAAACACUGUUUUGGCCAAUCAACACCUCCUCAUAGAGAUGCAUCAAAUCAGUGCAUCUCUAUGAGGAAAAUUCAGCAUCUCCAUGCAGAGCAUGGAGACGCUGAACGCCAGUGCUGCUUACUGUGCAGCACUGAGCCAGGAAGCACCUCCAGUGGCCAUCUAAGGAGUGGCCACUUGGAGGUGUCCCUAGGGGCAAUGUAAACACUGUCUUUUCUCUGAAAAGGCAAUGUUUACAUGAAAAUGCCUGAAGGGAGCUAUCAUACUCACCAGAACAAAUACAUUAAGCUGUAGUCCCUUUGAUGUGCUCACAAGCUCCCCCCACCUUUGCACGGCUGCCCCAUGGAACUGGACCCCCACGUCAUCUCACACCCGCUAAAGAAAGGCUGUAUGGUUAGUGGUGGUUCUUGCAGGCCGGAGUCCUUUCUAGAGACCAUGGCUCCCCUGUUAUGACCAUUACAGUGCUGUAGACUGCAAGUCCUUCCACUCUGAGCUAGGAUAGCCUGGCUGCCAAUUAUGGGAGUUGUAGUUCACAACACCUUGAAGGCUGUCGCCUCCUAAACCUAAAUCUUCUUUACCAUUAUUGUAAAUUAUCGACAUCCUUUAGAACACAGAUAUUUUUUUCCAGCAGUUUAACCCCUUAAGGACCAAACUUCUUUAAUAAAAGGGAAUCAUGACAUGUCACACAUGUCAUGUGUCCUUAAGGGGUUAAUGGCUUUCAUGGUAACGGAAUGUCAUUAGAUGUUGCUUAUUUAAUGGGGACAUUUAAAAUGUGCCACUUAAACAGGGAGUAUGAGACUGACAGACACUCUAAACUACUCUAUUACUAUAGUAUGUUGGGGUACACAGUCUCCUGGCAACCUCUCUGCUCCUUUACUUCCUGGCUUGCCAGUAAAAGCAUCGUAGAUGAACAAGGCAUGAGUUUUUAAACAAUUGGGAAAGUAUCAAUCAAUUGUUCAAUCCAACAUUUCAAACUGUCAAAGUUGGAGAUUUUUAUUUCUGGAGUGAGGACAGGGCCAUGCAGGAACAUGAUAUGUGACUUCAUGAUCAAAAGAUAACCAUCAACAUAUAGAAAAUUAGUAAAAAAUCAAGUGUUGUAUGGGUUUUAAUGCUGUAUGGUUGGAAUAUAGGGUUCCUCUUUGCUUUUCCACUGUAAGUGGAUGUGGAUAUUUUAAUAGCCCUACAAGUGAAUAAAGCGCUGCUGGUUUUUAAUAAAAGAAUGGCUCAGAAACCAUAACCACUACAGUCCGCAGGACAGGAGUGUCCAGGUACGGUGGGGCAGAUUAACAUAUCCUGUUGCUCCUGAGUUUUAACCUGUUUCCACCCUUCACCCGAGCAAUGCUUAUCAUUUUUAGCCAACCAUUGUAGUCCUAAGGCACCUUGAUACCCAAAGUUAAAUAACAAGGAAAUAUGGCCACGAGGGCUGUAUUUGGCACCCAGAAUGUUUUUGAAAUACAUAGGAAAUGUAGUUAACAAAAUCUGGGGUACCAAGAUUAGGGAUCUCUGUUCUGUGACGCCCAUCUAUCGCCAUACCUCCCAACAUUUCAAAUGGGCUAAGAGGGACACUUUAAUUUUAUAGGGGGUGUGUGAGGGCUGAUCUGUCCCAAGAAAUUGUAUGAGACUUACUAAUAACAAUUUAUGGAGCUAAAAAGCAAUUAAGACGAAGAAUAAUGUAUUUUAUUUACACAAUUAUUUUAGUUUAAAUACACAUUACUGUGAAAAUGAUUGCUGUGGAGCUCUGGUAUAAAUUCGGACACACCAAAAACAUGGAGCUCCUAGAAAAGAGGGACAGAGAGAUUUGGGUCCAUAAUAGGAACUGUCCCUUCUAAAUAGGGUCACUUGGGAGGUAUUCGUGGCAAAUAGUCUUUAUUGUGUUCCUUCUGUUUGCUAAAUGUCUACCGGUAAUUGCUAUAAAAAUAGCAGCCAGUGAGUCUAUUGAUCUCCUUCCUGGUGCUCAAAAGGUUAAUGCCAAAUUAUAUUAAAACCCAGUCCUGUAAUGCAGUUCAGCUUUGCAGACUCAGCACAGCAGACUGGAGAUGCUGCAUAUCGCACAGAUGACUGUAUCGCUGUUUUGGGUGACAGUGAAUAGGCUGCUGGCCAGCAUCACCCACCCAAUCUAGCCAUCCUGUAAAUCCAGAUUCAUUGCUGACUCAUUCAGUCCUUUGUCCCAGGCAGCUGCAGACAGGAUUGACAAAGGCAGAAUACAAUCCCUCUAUUGCACUGUUCUCAGAACACAGAGUCCUGCCGACCGUCAGAAAUAUCCCAUUACUAUGUGCUGGACAGGACACCAAUGACAGCAGUGACCCUGAAACCAGUGCCGUGUAACCCCCAAAAGUCCAAGAUUUAGGGAUUGCCCAUAUUUGCCCCUGUGGGAGCCUGGAGUCUCCCUCUAAUAAACCUACACAGCACAUCUAAUGUGUGUGGGAGCCUAGAGUGUCCCUUUACUAAUAUAAACCCACCGGGUAUAACUAACUGUAACCUAACCUAACAUGUGUGGGAGCCUGGAGUGUCCCUUUAAUAAUAUAAACCCACCAAGUAUAACUAACUGUAACCUAACCUACACAGUGCACCUAACGUGUGUGAGAGCCUGGAGUGUCCCUUUUAAUAAUACAAACCCACCCAGUAUAACUAACUGUAACCUAACCUACACAGUGCACCUAACGUGUGUGGGAGCCUGGAGUGUCCCUUUAAUAAUAUAAACAAACCCAGUAUAACUAACUGUAACCUAACCUACACAGUGCAUCUAACGUGUGUGGGAGCCUGGAGUGUUCCUUUAUUAAUAUAAACCCACCCAGUAUAACUAACAGUAACCUAACCUACACAGUGCACCUAACGUGUGUGGGAGCUUGGGGUGUCCAUUUAAUAAUAUAAACCCACCCAGUAUAACUAACUGUAACCUAACCUACACAGUGCACCUAACGUGUGUGGGAGCCUGGAGUGGCCCUUUAAUAAUAUAAACCCACCCAGUAUAACUAACUGUAACCUAACCUACACAGUGCAUCUAACGUGUGUGGGAGCCUGGAGUGUCCCUUUAAUAAUAUAAACCCACCCAGUAUAACUAACUGUAACCUAACCUACACAGUGCAUCUAACGUGUGUGGGAGCCUGGAGUGUCCCUUUAAUAAUAUAAACCCACCCAGUAUAACUAACUGUAACCUAACCUACACAGUGCACCUAACGUGUGUGGGAGCCUGGAGUGUCCCUUUAAUAAUAUAAACCCACCCAGUAUAACUAACUGUAACCUAACCUACACAGUGCAUCUAACGUGUGUGGGAGCCUGGAGUGUCCCUUUAAUAAUAUAAACCCACCCAGUAUAACUAACUGUAACCUAACCUACACAGUGUACCUAACGUGUGUGGGAGCCUGGAGUGUCCCUUUAAUAAUAUAAACCCACCCAGUAUAACUAACUGUAACCUAACCUACACAGUGCAUCUAACGUGUGUGGGAGCCUGGAGUGUCCCUUUAAUAAUAUAAACCCACCCAGUAUAACUAACUGUAACCAAACCUACACAGUGCAUCUAACGUGUGUGGGAGCCUGGAGUGUCCAUUUACUAAUAUAAACCCACCCAGUAUAACUAACUGUAACCUAACCUACACAGUGCACCUAACGUGUGUGGGAGCCUGGAGUGUCCAUUUACUAAUAUAAACCCACCCAGUAUAACUGUAAUCUAGCAUGAAAGACUACAUGUAAUAUGUGGAAUCCUGGAAUAUCCUAUAAUAACAUUUUAUCCUAAUGUCAUGGUGGCCUUAAAGGUUUAGUGAAAUUACAUUUCAACAAUACUUAUAGUUCAUAUUUUGCUCCAUGUAAGGAACAUAUUGGCACAGUACAUCACUAUAUCACAUAUUAGGACCAUUACCCAACAGGUAUGACAGUCAUUUUAUUGGCCUUGUGAUUAUGUAAGUUUGAGUGGGCCACCUGAGACUGGAACCUGUGACCUUCAGAAGGCACUUGGCUACUGAGUUAUCAUCCCAGUAUAUCACAUCCAGUGCAGAUUAAACAUGGAGAGGAGCACCCUACAAUUACACAGAGCUCUGCACAGUUAUUUUGGCUUUAUGAUCGCCCAAGUUCAAAGUGCCAAGAGAAUCCCAAUGACUUUUUAGAUCGACCUGGCACAGUGUUACCUAAACUAUGUAAAACUUAAAUACCUUGUCAUGCUAAUUAGUGUCAUCUCACAGGUAAUAAUGUUAUCGGUGUAUAUUGUGGUGGCCAAAUUGCAAGCACAUAUCUAUCUGGAAAAGUGAUUUCUAAAUAUAUGUUUCUUUAAAUUUCCUUUGCAUGGUGGCAAUGAUUCUAAAUAUGGAGUUCACAGACAGCUAUGUACAGUCAUUCUGUGCCCACGUGACGCAGUGGCACUACACAACUCUUAGUGUGCGCCUGCAUGUGUCAUGUGAAGGGGGGGCAGCCGUCAUUUCUAGAUACAACAUUGAAAGUGGAGGAUAGGAUUUCUGUGUUAAGCAUAUCUUUCAGACAGUAAGUUUUAUAAAAUGCUGGUUAAUCUGUUGUUACCAGGGAUUGAUCACAAUUUCACCUUUUAAUGUUCCAAAUGUAUUUGCUUUUUGUGUUAAUAUUCUAAGUUUUCCCUUUGACCCCUCCAUUUCUUGUUAAUUCUGUUGCUCUAUGCCCAGAAAGACAGUCGACACUGAUAUAUCACUAAAUUUGUGGCAGCAGCUCGCUGUAUCAGACUGCAUUCCUUUGGUGGGAUAUAUGAUGUCAUGGCACAUAUUGAUCAAGUCUAUACUAUUUAUCACCUGGUUGCUGGCAAGUUUGGGCAAAAUCUCUGGAGCUCGGUUCAUUAUAUGUAGCAUCUGCUCUAACAGAUAUGUCUCUGUUUAAAGGCCCACUCCACUCACCAAAGCACUUUAGCUUUUUUUUAUUAUUUUUUUACUUUUUACAAAAAGUGCAAACUUCUAAAGAAAUUGUCACACUUAUUUAUUAACCUUGUUACUGUCCCCUGACUGUCAGUCACACAACCGGUCCUGUUACUUCCUGGUUGUUUGCCCGGUGGAGGUAAACCAGGGGUGCCCAAAAGAUAAAUGUUUUAAAACCACAGGUUCCAUGAUGCUUUGUCACAAUAAAGUCAUUUUAAACGCAUGCAAAGCAUUAUGGGAGUUGUCGUUUUACAACAUCUUGGGAUCUACCUUUUGGGCACUACUGAGCUGCACACUAUUUAGACAGUUGAAUGUCUCUUUAACUGUGUAAAUAGGACCCAAUGCGUGCACGUGUGUUUGACUCCUCAAACGUUCAAACAGAAUCCUAGGAUGGAUUAGGUAAAACAGUAGUUCAUACCCCUCCUCCCCCAAGUAUUGUUAAUUUGUGGAAAAACAAAUUCUACCCCCCGUAAAUGUAUCUAUAUGUGAAUAACAGGAUUUGUUUCCAAUAAACUAGGAAUUGUGGAAAAAUCACAGACACGGCAGAUUUUAGGCAAAAAAAGGGAAAAAUAAAAGUACUGCAAAGAUUCUCCAAUUCACCUAUGUUUCCAUCAUACUUUGGUGUAAAAUUUGCAGUUUACUCGUCAAAUUUCCACAAAUUCUGGUUUUAUCACAAUCGCAAUAACUAACUUAUAGUAUGUCUCACCUAGAAAUGCCAUUUCAUUGAUAGAAAUGUCACAAUGACCUCAAGCUGUUACAGAUGAGUUAGAAUUGUAUCUAUUACCCAAUCACUUAUUUAUAAUAAAUACAAUGAAUUUAAAUCACAGGCAUGCAUUAAUGGCAGGCCUUUCAAUUCUCCAGGUGUGGCUCAACAUGAGCUAAUCAUAAGCUAUUUAUAAUUCCAUAUGUUAUUACCAGGAGUCAGAGAUACUCUUACAUAGAUACAUAGUUACUUAAAACAAAGUCUAUUACGUAGAAACCUUUCCAAGUGCCCAUGUUUGUUUAUCCAGAAAGAGUUGAAAGAUCUGGGAUAUCAGUGGUAGCUGUUGAAGACUCUCUGUCCCCCGAUUUGUUGGGCUCUGUCAAUUUAACCCCAUGUACUCAAACCCUGACCCACUGAGAGAUUAUGCCCUGUUCAACACAAUAAACCCAUAGAUUAAUUUGAGCUAUAACAACAAUAUGCAGAUCCCUCCUCUCUAUCCUGGAGAUAAUUGGGAACUACUAUAGUGAUCCUUCAAAUUAUCUCCCAGGAGAGAGGCAAGACUCCAUUAACCACAUGGUUGCAAAAAGACAUAAAAUUAAACAAUGUUACAAUUACUACAUAAAACAUAUACAUGCAACAUAUCCCCAGAUAGCUUAGAUCUGAGCGCACAUUAUUACCGAAUGGCGCUCAGAUCACAUACAUACAGUUCAAUUGCCAUGGAGCCAAAGUCUUUUCCACAGUCUUUUAUUACACGAAUAGGCUCCAUGGCAUAUCUAUCUGGGGUAGCACUACUCACAUACUGAAAGUCCCGAACGCCCCGGCAGAUAUACACAAAUAAACUUUUCUGCAGGGGAAAAUACAGCUAUCAGCACAGGGGCCAUAGUCGGAAGGCAGGAGGCUAGCCACUAGUCCCCUCCAGGCACAAGUGGCGAAGGGCACUUCGUCACAGGGUUUGUCAUGGAAACAUUGCAUUUUGCUAUGAAGACAACCACCUUUUCGUGUUUCUGAAAGAAUGUAUGGACUGAUCUAGAGAUAUAUAUAUAUAGAUAUAUAUAUAUAUACAGAAAUCUUGUCACUCACCUUUUUUGGUAAAGAAGGAAUAGUUGAUACCCAGGUGCAAAUCCGCGUUGUACAGAUACAUGAAAAAUUAGGGUUCACUCUAUGGGGUCGGUCAACGUUUUGACCCCAAUAGGGUCUUUCUCAAAAUCUUGAGAAAGAUCCUAUUGGGGUCAAAAUGUUGAUCAGGACUCUGUUAUUUUAAUAAAUAAAUAAAAAACAUAUACAAAGUGCACAAAUCCCGUGGAGUGCACCCUAAGUUGUUAUGUAUAUAAAUAUAUAUAUUAUAUAUAUAUAUUAUUUAUUCCCCCCAAUUAUUUUGUUACCUAAACAUGCUAUUUACACAGGUGCAAGCACAGUUUGCACAGAUGAAAAUAGGAUGUUCCCAUUAAUAAUUAUUCAAAUGAGUUACCUGGCAGUAUUUGGCAGUUCGAUCCAGUCAUGACCUCCUUACUAUGUAAUUUGACUCACCAUUCCACAGAACAAAAAAAAAAAGCCGACUACCCUUUUGCUUAAAUCAUUGCAUGCAUUCUUCAGAUUUUUGGGAACGUGAAAUUGUUGUUUAACUACUUCUUUUGUUAUGAGGACCCAGCCAUAAAAGUUAGAUUAUAAAUCUUGAUACUGAUAUAGCUGUAUAUUCCAUUACAAGAGACUCAACAUCUCAGGAUUCUAUGUGUGUCUAUAACCUUUGUGUUGAAUUAACGGGGGAAUCUAUGCAAGAGCUGGAUCUAUUAUAUAAAUGUAUUUUAUAUGGAUAAUACCUUUUCAAACAUUCUAAACUUGCAUUUGUAGCAAAUGUCCAGGAUUUGCAACUUCCAUUAUAAAACUUACUCAGUUUGUGAGUUCUAAGCAUAUUUUAUAUUUGUGUAAGGGGCAAAUAUCCGUAUAUGGAGUAAGGAUCCAGCAUAAGCGUAGGAUAGUAUAAAGGGAGCAAGUCGGUUGUGGUGUGCCGAGACCGACGAUACGGUAGGCCUGUAAAUAAAGAGGGCCCACCAAGGAGUAAGAAAGUAAAGUAAAUGGAAAGAAAAGAGAAAGUGUUGAAAUGAGGAGUGGGUGGGAGGGUCAUUCUGAUGCUGACCUCAAGCGAUAUGAGUCAGGUAAGGGGUGUCCCUUAUAUAGGGGAUGAAUUAAUUUAAGCCCCUCCCACAAAUACAGGCCAAACGGCCUUAAUACUUGUGUAAGGGGCAAAUAUCCGUAUAUGGAGUAAGGAUCCAGCAUAAGCGUAGGAUAGUAUAAAGGGAGCAAGUCGGUUGUGGUGUGCCGAGACCGACGAUACGGUAGGCCUGUAAAUAAAGAGGGCAAAAAUGAAUAAUCAAAGAUUUAAUACAGUCAACAAAUAUAUACAAAUUAACCAGACAUUUCCGUAAAAGCAUUACAGUAUUUAAUUCCUGAAAGGAUUUUGAAGGUAGGAAUCUAGGACCGAAAGUGGACACCAUUUGUUGUGGGUAGGAUGGUAUGUUAUCUCUACUGUUGGUGCGUGUUGACUCGUUUCGGAAUGUGGUAGAGCCAAUAGGUAAUGAUAUAUGUGUUUACGUACGUGGGAUCAUUGAAGACAAUGAUCUGUCUGAGUGGUGGUGAUGGUAGUGGAUUCUCUGGCCUGAGAAAGGCAUAAAAGGCAAUGUGCAUAGCUGGUAAUGGCCGACUUGGUAGUAUAAUUGAAUGGUUGUAGAUCUAAUAGGUCCGAUAAUGAUGAAAAGUUGGAUGGCUAUUGGUAAUCUCUGAGAGGAACGUGGGGGAAUGGAUUCCUGAAAACCUCUGAGUAUAUUCUUGUCUGGUAUGAUAGCAUGAAGUUAUGGUAGUUUUGGCCAUAGGUUAUCCUGUGUUGUUGAAUGCCUGUAAAAUAUAUAAUUAAUGGUGUGUGAGAUAGUUUAAGUUUAAGGUGGCAAAAAGAAGCAAAACCUAGGAGAAAUGUUAUGACACAAGUUGAGCUGUCGAGUGCCAAUGAGAUUCUUUAAGCCAGGUGAAAAGCUGUGUUAUGUGUUCUACAAGUAUGGGACGAAAGUGCUAGGUGGGAUAGUGAAUGCUAUGCUGCAUGAGUAUGUCUAAUCCAUGAUUUUGUCUCUGGAACGAAAGAGUGGCCGUGACUGUAUGGGCGGCUGUAGGAAGAGUAUGAUGAACAUGCCUGGAAUAUAAAUGAGACAGUUGUCGGCAGGGAUGUAUACCCCCGUCUGGUACAUGAAAGUGAAAUGUGAUAAGUGGCCAACCAAGUGAGUUCCCCAGAAAUAUCAUGACCUUAUGGAUGAGUAGUGGCGUUUGUUGAUGAUAUGACAUAUGCUUAAUUGCCUGAGUAACAACGGAUUGAUGACCCUGACCAUGAUUUACCCCAUGCCUCAGCAGCUGCUACAAUGGGGGAGAUCUCCCAAAGGGGCUGAGGUGGUGGAAAAAUUUCCAAACCUGGAUGCCAUCGCCAACAGCUCCAAAGCAAUUGUUCCCGGUAGAUCGCUGCCAAACCCGUGGUAGACGCUGCGUCUGACCAUCUGGUUGGAGAAGUGUCAGACAAUCCUGGAAGGAACAUGCUUUUACCAUGCCAAGUGGUUAAAAAAUUCCCCCCCAUGUGCAGGUCUGCUGUUGCUGAGGUGUCUAGGGACAUCCUCUGAUCGUCAUGUUGGAAGUGUGGAAAAAAGGGGAAAGUACUCUGGAUGUGAAAGCGUGGUCUUGUGGUAUGAUUGGCAUGGCAAAAUUAAGGAAUCUGGUAGGGAUCGUAGUUCCUUGCAGUUGUAAGUACUAAGCAGGAGGUAGUGAUUGAUGUAGUUGAGAAUGUUCCCUAUUUGUCUUGUGGUAACUUGCGUGUAUGGAUGCCGACUCAAGUCAUAUGCCCAGUAAUGUGAAGAUAGUGUCUGGGCCUUCUGUUUCUUAUGGGGUACUGGGACGCCCAAGUGGUCAACCAGACUAAGCUGCCGUGAGGCUUCUAGUGAAAAAUAUGCUUUCUUUGAUUAACAAGAAGUCUUCUAGAUAGUGUAUGACUGUAAGACCUCUGGAUAUGUUAUCAUAACCAGCACAGAGUAUCUGCGAAUAUCGAUAGUAGGCUAAUCUGUAGCUCGACAGUUGAGUGGGGAAAGGAUUGCCCAAUUUAUGCCAUGUAAGUGCCAGUGUGUAAGGUAGAUGGUAGCCGUUUACUGUGUUGAUGAUAUUGGUCUUACUAAAUGAAGCUUCAACCCAUGCUUGAGUGAUAACUGUAAAGGUAGAUCAAUGGUGUUGUAUAGUAAGAAAAAUCCUCGGAGGGUAUGAGGGAGUUGAGACUUGGGGUAGCGGAGGUGUGUGGUGCCAAUAAGUCUAUGGUUAGUCUUUGUUUAAGGGAAGAUUCCUUGUGACAAUACCAAUGUGUGUGUUUGGUGCCAUGCUGUAAAUGAUGGAGAUUGGAAGACCCCUCUGCACAUCUUGGCUAUGAGUGUGUUUACAGCCAAUGGUUUUGUUGUGCUGACUGUAAGUGAGGGCAUGCUAUAUUCCUUGAAGGUGUGUUUAUGAUACCUGUAUGGGAGCCCUUUGAAGCUCCAGAGCUUUAGUAAAUCUACUACAAGUCUGGAAGGGUGAUGAGUCAGUAGUGUUGAAAAUGCAUUGGUGUGUACAGAUGGUGAAUACGUUAUUUGUAAGUUGUAUUGGGACACAUGGUUUGUCAUGUGCCCUGAACUAUUUGAACAUAUAUGCCACAGUCUGUAUGCAAUGCAACUACUCAUAUCAGUGGUCUCUGGUAGUUCAGAGGUGCUGGUUCCUGGAGCCUGAGAGUGCUCGUCCAUUUGUUUGGGACAAAAUCCCUUCUGUAUGGGUACCUGCACAAAUAAACAUCUCCACAUAUUCCAAAUGCCAACCCAAUCAAGGGAUGGUCAGUUCCCGAUUUACCUGGAAUCCCUGGAUCUGACCAUCACAGAUACAUCAUCAUUCAUAUAUAUAUGCCUUGCUUCCCCAAUGUGCUGGGAUCAUACGUGCAGGUUUAACAUCUUGUGUGUCAUAAGAAUUGAUUGUACCAGGUAACCGAGUUUCGGUUGGUGCUUGUUGUACAGUAGCGUGAGGCCCAGCCUUGGGAGGGCUGUGGUGACCAACUCGAGAUUGCCAGUCUGUCAUAAAUUUUUUGGCUCAUGAGUUUAUGAGUGAAGCUAGCAUAGCCUGGGUGUCACCUGAGUUGAUGUAGCUGGGCCUUCCCCUGCCUCCGUGUUGUCCGUUGCUGUAUGGAGCAACAUCUCCUCUGCUUGAAGGUGUAUCAAUUCUAGCCGGGGUGCUAGGAAGAGGUGAUUCUUCACCAUCUUUUUGAGAAAUACUUAAAUUAGCUAAGCCGUAAGGCGAAACGAUUAGGCUUGGUGUUUUUUUUUGUUUUUUUUUUUGGUGACUGGUGAGGCCCUGCUAGUUGCCAAGUGGCUUGAGAGGCUCUAUCUAUGCUUGGCGCGAGGGGAUUUUGUGUGGCCACCGAACGUUGUGGCAGGAUGUUGGCCUCUCGGUGACAGUAACCAGAAAAUAGGAAGGGGAGUGACAGGUGAGGUCCUCUCUAUGAUACAAUGCGAGGCGCUAGCUCACGAGUGGCCCGAGGGGUGUAUGCCUCCGAGUGUGAGGCGGGGUGUUGGCCUCGCGGGACCACUAACCGAAGCAUAAUGCAGAGAAAAAAGGGGGUAAUACCUAUUGGGCCCUAGAACCCUAAUUGCCAGUACACUAUUACUAUUCCAGGGAAGGUAAGAGAUGGAUAACUACGUGAGCAGGUGUAUGUACCUGGUAGUAUGGUAUUGUACCUUACAAUCCGUAUAGGUUUUUUAGUAGUAACUGUAACCUGAAUGGAUAAAACCGUAUGGCAUAAGGAAAUAUGGCAUAGACCAAGCUUAUCUUAAUACGUACAGUAUAUGUGAAAAGUAAACUGAUGUGUAAAUAUUAAACAUCGUAGCCAUACUGGUUAAAUAUGUAUCAAUCUUAACCCAUUAAGUGCCGUAUGUACAAGUGAAAAUGUGGUCUGUCCCCACCUUGUAUGUUGUAUGUCCCCUUGCUAGGGGAAGUCUGUUGCGGGAGCAGCGUGCUGUGAAAAAUGUAUGUGAACUAUAUUACCAGUUACAUAUAUACAGAUGCGUCUGCUACUGUGUAAUAAUAUAUGUAUUUAUACCACAUGUUGAUAUAGUGCUUGCUAUGUGAAUUGUUGUAUGCCUUAUUGAAUGGUAGGGGUCAGUGAACAUGGUGUUGCAAAAUGCAAGUGCACUGGAGAUCUGCCGAGUGCCCUAUAGGUGGCAGUGUAGUUGGAUACUGAUUGGUAUGUGAAAUGUUGUUUGUCUGUUGACCUAUAGGGGUCAGUGUUUUGGUGUUUGAAAAACCCUAUGAAAAUUGUCAAUGUACUUGACAGACCUGUAGGUGGCAGUGUUGAUAGAACCACUGUUAGUCUUAAUGUGAAAUGUAAACUAUUGUGAAUUAAACCUGAAGUUGAGCCCGUGUUGGAGUUUAAUUUAUGGUUUAUGGUUAUGUUUAAAACAAUCUUAUGUGUAAUUUAUAUUGGCUGGUAAAUUGUAUAUGACAUGUGAAGACAGUUUUGCUGUUGACCAGUAGGGGUCAGAAAUGCUGAUUGUAUGUUAAAAUACCCUUUAACCCCUUAAGGACCAAACUUCUGGAAUAAAAGGGGAUCAUUACAUGUCACACAUGUCAUGUGUCCUUAAGGGGUUAAUCCUACCGUAUGACAGAUAGGAGUCAGUAUAAAAGCGAAAAUGCUGUAGUUAGUUUGUUUGCUUAUGAAGUGGAAUAAAAUCUGCGAAGCCUGUAGUAUACUGAUUGACCGGUAGGAGUCAGCAUGUAGGCAAAAAUGCCGUGGUUAGUUGGUUUGUACAUGAAAUGCAAUAAUAUCUGAGAAGCCUGUAGUACACUGAAUGACCUGUAGGGGUCAGUGUGUAGGUGAAAAUGCAGUGGUUAGUUGGUUUGUACAUGAAAUGCAAUAAUGUCUGAGAAGCCUGUAGUACACUGAAUGACUGGUAGGGGUCAGUGUGUAGGUGAAAAUGCAGUGGUUUAUUGUUUUGUACAUGAAAAGCAAAAACGUCUAAGAAGCCUGUAGUACACUGAAUGACUGAUAGGGGUCAGUGUGUAGGUGAAAAAUGCAGUGGUUUGUUGGUUUAUACAUGAAAUGCAAUAAUGUCUGAGAAGCCCGUAGUACAACGAAUGACAGGUAGGGGUCAGUGUGUAGGCGCAAAUGCAGUGGUUCGUUGAUUUGUACAUGAAAUGCGAUAAUAUCUAAGAAGCCUGUAGUACACUAAAUGACCAGUAGGGGUCAGUGUGUAGGCGCAAAUGCAGUGAUUCGUUGAUUUGUACAUGAAAUGCAAUAAUGUCUGAGAAGCCUGUAGUACACCAAAUGACCAGUAGGGGUCAGUGUGUAGGCGCAAAUGCAGUGAUUCGUUUAUUUGUACAUGAAAUGCGAUAAUGUCUAAGAAGCCUGUAGUACACCAAAAACCGGUAGGGGUCAGUGUGUAGGUGAAAAUGAGGCGGUUUAUUGGUUUGUAAAUGAAAAUGCAAAAAACGUCUAAGAUGCCUGUAGUACACCGAAUGACCGAUAGGGGUCAGUGUGUAGGUGAAAAAUGCGGUGGUUGGUUUUUACAUGAAAUACAAUAAUGUCUGAGAAGCCGGUAGUACACCGAAUGACCGGUAGGGGUCAGUGUGUAGGCGAAAAUGCAGUGGUUCGUUGGUUUGUACAUGAAAUGCAAUAAUGUCUAAGAAGCCUGUAGUACACCCAAAGACCGGUAGGGGUCAGUGUGUAGGCGAAAAUGCAGUGGUUCGUUGGUUUGUACAUGAAAUGCAAUAAUGUCUAAGAAGCCUGUAGUACACCCAAAGACCGGUAGGGGGUUUUAACGAAUGAUAUGCAUGAACAUGCAAUGGUUUUAGACAUAGACAAAAUGCAGCCGUAAAGUGAGGACCUGACCCGUGCAUGGUGCCGUGGGACUGAUGCCUGGCGUAACGGGUAGGUCGAUUUACGGUUUGUGAGUCACUUGGACACCAUCCACGGCGAUGGAUUGAAGAAAGAAGGUGGUAGGCCGGAAAAGCCUGUGGCUGGAUUCCUGACACAGCACUGCUUAGAAAACCUCAUGGAGUAAUCAGGUAAAAUGGCGUCUGGAUGACCCGGAAGUGGAAAUCAUUCUGAUGCUGACCUCAAGCGAUAUGAGUCAGGUAAGGGGUGUCCCUUAUAUAGGGGUGUGAAUUAAUUUAAGCCCCUCCCACAAAUACAGGCCAAACGGCCUUAAUACAUGUGGAAUAUGUAGUUCAGCUGUUGUCGGUAGUUUCAUUCAUGAAAAUUAAUUAAUGAAAUUUCUCCAAGAUAAUAGAAGCUGUGGGACUGUUUUUUAGUUCAUAUUUUGCAUGAAUGGAGUAAGCCGCAACCACUCAGGUGCGCAGUUUUCUCAGAGAAAUAAUUUUAAAAGUCUCGGGAGUCUGUCAAAGCACAGAUGGGGCAUGUAGGAUUCUGAUUACGGGACUUGGCGUGUCCUCUUAGGGACAUCUCAUGUUUACUUAUUUAUUACUGGCAUUUAUAAAGCGUCAACAUAUUCUGCAGCGUUGUACAAUUGGGGAGGAAAUAUUUAAUAUACAUAGACCAAUACAAAAGGUAAAGAGGGGCCCUGUCCUAAAACAUACCAUAAAAUGCAAGUUCUAAUGAUGGGAGACAAAUUGCUUUUUGGUUUACUGGAAAAAAUUAAACACAAUUUGUAUUGGUCCUCCCAGACAAACGUUAAAAAUAAAAUACUGUUUUGUCUGGUGACUACAGCUUGCUGCAAGUGAGACCUAAUUUAAGUCAAUCAUAGUGAAACAAGUUGAAGUAAAGAGGUAAUUUGACAAUGAACGUGGCAGAUGGAUUCACCACCAUUGGGUUAUUUAGUGUUACUUGUCAGAUGCAACAUUGAACCUUCUGAGGUCAACAGGACAUAAAGGUCCAAAUCAAUAGGCAAAAUGUUUCUCUGUUUGUAGUCGAUGAUCCCAAAUUGUGUAAUUUGUUUACAUUCUGAUAGUUAACAAAAGCAAAGAAUCAACACCAUAAGAUGCAAUUUAUUUAUGUUCUCUCUGUUUUAUGUCUUCAUAGACUCCGUCAAACCCACCUGUCACUGUAGUAGAAGAAGUAAAUUUGCCACCACAAUUACUGACUCCUCUGAUGAAUGGCCAUCACUCGCCCAUCACGGUUGAUGAAGAUUUACUAUCACCUGCGACGUCCCCAACAGCAAACUGUAAUUCACGCUUCCAAAUUGAAGACCUGCCAUCUGGAUCACCACCAGCUACUAUAAACAAGCCCACCAAGUUCGGAUAUGAGAAACAUUUUAUGCCCACCAUAGAAGAGGUGAUGGGACUGUGCUAACGUCCGUAGGGCACCAGAUAUUACUGCCGUAAGGUAAAAAUAAAAUAACUCUGUGAAAACAUUGAGGGAAGAGAAGUACCUCGAUGAUAUAGUACAUACUGUUCCACUUAACGCGGUGAAGGCAGUUAAAUCCUUUUUAUCGGGAAGCUAUGAUUGACUUGACGAGGUCUCGAGGAUCAAACAACUGGAAGAAGGCAUUACAUUGAAGACGAAACAGGGGAUAGAUGCAGUGCUGCCAAUAUAUUCAGCAAUUACAGAUCAGACUGUACACCUACUAGGGAGAGGUGUAAUGCUAUGUCAAAAUGUGAUAGAAUGUCCGGGAUAAAGAACAACUUUGGUAUAUGCGGUUUAUACAUGGAGGAAGUGCAAUACAUUGAAUGUAGCUGAAGAGGUCAGAUACACUCCAGAGGGUGCAACUACUGUGAAGAAAUGCAAUGUAUGGACUAAAUGUGCGACAAAGGAAUUCAAUGCAGAAUAUAAAGGGGACAGAUGCAAUGUAUAGGAAAAACUACUGAGAUACAAUGAAAUGGUGCGCACAGGAUAUACUGUAACCGUGGUUCACAAAUGCAACAUAUGGGGUGCAGCUGCAGGACAAAAUGCAACAUAGAGGAUAUAGCUGUAGGAAAGAAAUACAAUAUGCAAGAUAUAGCUGCAGGACAAAAUGCAACAUAGAGGAUAUAGAUGUAGGACGGAAAUGCAAUACGCAAGAUAUAGCUGCAGGACAAAAUGCAACAUAGAGGAUAUAACUACAGGGAGUAUAUUCUAUGCAAAGUAUAUAUAACUUGGAAAAUAUAACACAGAACAUAUAGUCUGUGAGUGCCCUUGAUUCCCUAUUAUUCUUGCAGAUGUUCCCAUUAUCAGGCACUUUUAAAGCACUUUGUGACCCCAGAUACAUGGGGGUAAAGCUUCAGGGUUUGUGGGCUACCCUGCACAAGGUUUGACUCAAGGAAGAGUGCAAUAGAGAGAGAUUAUAUUUUAGUGUAAAUAUUCACAGGGAUUCUUUCAAUGAAUGUACCAAUAAUGUGUGUGCGCAUAGCACAUCCUUAAAUAAAUAUACCGUCUGCGCCAUGAUGGUGUUUACAGGAAAGGGUGUUAGAAUGGUGCAGUCAGGGUGAAUGUUAGUUGUAAUAGUUUUCCAUUUUCAUACAUUUUGGGUGCCAGUGGUAAAUGACAUUAAACUGAUGAUCAAUUCCAUGUCAUGCAGAGACACACAUGGCUUAUUGUGGCAAAUGUCCCAUAAUGUACUAAGUCCUCAGGCUUACAUCAUGGGGACAUUGUUCACAAAUACUUGAGAUGCUAUGGUUGUUAUGGUCGACAUUAUAUAUUAUUUGAUAUCUUUUUGACAUUUUUGUAUAAAAUAUAUCAUGAAAAAUAUAUUUGUGUGUCUUGUUUGGUAUCUAAAACCAAUCAUUUUUAUUGGAUUACAGACAGUAGUUGCUGGACAUGGUAUUUACUAUGCUGAGAAUGAGAAUAAAAAUGGGGUUCAAAACCCCGUGUUUUUUUUUACAAUUUAUCGAGCACCAGUACCGGCAUGGGACAGACCAGCUGGGCUUUUUUCUGGGGACUCAGCCCAGCCUAAUGUGUCUAUGAGUAUCAUCUGGUUGUAACACGAGCUAUUAAUUACUUUUAUUUAUUUAUUUUAAAUGUGUCAAAAAUGAAAGGUACUAAGACUUUCUUUAUUCCACUAGACCAAGUUUAUUCCAACUCUUCCAUCCUCCAGAUUUUGCUGAACUACAACUCCCAUGCUUUUUUGAUUGAAAUAGAUAGCCAGAGAAUGAUGAGAGUUGUAGUUCAUCAUCUGGAGGGCCAGAGAUGGGAGAACCCUGAGCUAGACAAUGUGAACAUUGAGCACUAGUGCACAGCUAUCUAUAGGCCAGCGAUCACUGGCCUUGAUGCACCAGAGGAUUCACACUAGUCAAGUGAUGGUUAACCUUGGCACUGCAGAUGUUAGUGGACUACGUUUCCCAACAUGCUUAGCCAACCGUGUUCAUCCAUCCUGUUUGGUGAUCUCUGACCCAUAUUGCUAGUGCAGAGACUCGUUCAUUUCAUUCUAAAGGCAAACACAACCAGCAGAGUAAAUAUUGAUUAACUGUAUGUUUUAUGAUACACUCAGCACAAAAAUUAUUGCACAUUAUCUGACAUUUAUCUCCCCCAGGAAGUGCCGCUUGCCAUAAACCGUUUCUCUAUCUGACUGCCAUUUAGAUCCCCUAUUUCACUAAAGGGACCAGAUGUCCCUGUAAGCACUUACAGGAAAUGUGGAUAUUUUUUAACAUGCUUCCACUAUAAUGUAACCUACACUCUCCUAUUACCCAUCGCCAUGAAUUAUUAAUCUAACCACUACCUUCAUCUACGCAACCUGAAGCCUUUUUUUUUUUUUUAUUCUUUAUUUUUCAUGCAAUCAAUAAACAAGUGAGCUUGUACUGCCACAACAGCUGGUACAAACUGGGCAUCAAACAUAGUAUGACAUUUAUGUGGACAUUUAAGUAAGUACAGUGCACAUUUUAUGAAUAAGAGUAGGCUGUGUUAGUCUAAGGUCACCGAUCGAAGAAAAAAAUAAAAAUAAAUGGGGGGGAGGGUGGUGUUGGAGGGGAGAUGUCUCUCUCUAGGCACAUAUAGAAUAAUACUGUACACCAGCAUAACAAAGGAGUGGGACACCUAACCAUCUUAACGGCUGUGCAUCUGGAGAGGGAAGGUGGUAAUUCUCAUCCUACGUGAGAUGGGCUAGUCUUAGUUCUGGUAGUCAAAUGAAGUAGUGUUUUCGUGUUUUAGUAUACCGAUUUUAAUUAAGCAUUGUAGCCCCAUCUUCUAUUGUGUUGUUCAUGGUAAGGGUAGGGUUGUCGAUAUGCACAUGCUUGAUAGGCACGUCGGUGCUUUUAAGUGGUCUUAGCUCGUUGGCUGGAAGCACAGGGUUCUUUAUGUGUUCCAGACGCUGAGUCUUUUGGUACAGGAGAGCGAAGUAGGGUUUAAUGCUGCUUAGUGCCCUGUCAUCGGUGGGUGCUCGGGGAAAGGGUUUAUGCAUGAGACUAUGGCAGUGCUUGUGUACUGGUGUGGGGUGGGGAGGGUGGGGUUAUGUAUGCAUGGUCCUAGACCAGGUGAAAGGAUCACUCACCUCCUUGGUAGGAGUGGGUUGGCAGCCCUAGCAGCCGCUGUUUAUUGGCUGUAUGAGUGGGCAUCGGCCAUAACGGUAAUUAUAAUGGGGCGCUAAGCGGUGGCUUUUAUGGGGUGUACCAUCAAGGCCUCCUGGUUAUAAAGGAGAGUGGCAUGCUGCCGUGCCUUCUCUGACCUAUUGGUUGCGCUUUUCGUAUCGGUGGGGAGGGGGAGUGCUCUCUGCAGCGGUAAGGGGUGGCAUGGGAGUCUGUCCUGCGUAUAGGGUACGAUAGUGUUGUAAGAAACACCUAACAAUUUUACGAAAUGCAAGGAAAACAAAACAAGACAAGAAUAAAAGAUAAGAAUAGAAAAAUAAAAAGCUCUGUGACCAGGUGUCAUAUGGUCUGUUGGAGUCCGGUGGCUCCUUAGCCAGGUGGCUUUAUCCUGCAUGUCCCUGUGUUUCAGCCUGUGUCAGCAACGGAGUGCGGCACAAAUGGGACUAUGUUGGGGACGUCCCAGGAGCAGUUAGGAGUCGGGUUGGAGGAGUCUAUUGUUUUAAGUCCUAGUUUACCGAGGAAAAUGUCUGCGUCUUCUGUCGACGUCAGUCGAUAAGUUGUUGCUCCCUUUGUAACUACUAGCAUGGAUGGCCCCAUCAGUACCUGACUCCAGCCGCUCUGAGGGUCGUGGUGACUCGCUGCACGGACCAUCUCUAGGUCAGAGUAGCUCUGCAAAGGUCCUGGAGGAAGGUGAGCUGCAUGCCCUCGAAUUGGUAUGGGCUCUGGCCGCCGAGCGUCGCCAUCACCGCCAUUUUGUCCCGGGUAGACUGCAAUCGGAGAAGGACAUCGCGGGAGGCCUCCAUUGGGGCUCUUGGCGACUUGGAGAGUCUGUGUACGCCCUCCACUAGCACAGUCUUCGCCCGCUUGGGGUUAAGUAUUGUGGCUAAGAGGCGUCGGGUAAGUUGUGGCAAUUCAUUGUCGUCUAUGGAGUCGGCAAUGCCUCUGAUUUUUAUGUUGGAGUGGCGUCUUGCGGCGUCUAGGCCAUCCAGCCGUGCCUGUAGUGCCUGGUGUGAGGACUAGAGGUGUAUUAGCUUCUCCUCAGUUGCUUGCUGGCGUUCUGCCAUAGCGGUUAUGUCUUCCUCGGCAACCCUCACUCUGCCAGUAACGGCGGUCACUUCCUCCUGCAAAAUCGCCAUGUCUGAGCGGAAUAGGGUGCGCAGGAAUAGGGUGCGUGAAUAGGGUGCGUGUUUUGUAAAGGCAUCACAGUGACAAUAAAUGCCACCAUUCACAUAUUCAUUUAAUUUUACCGUUUAGAUCUUUAACUACAAUCUUUAUAACUGCCUGCUUAGCGUUAUAAGGUACUACGAGUACCAUGACAACUAUCGACUUAUUGCAAUGUUUAUGAUGCGAUGAAUCUGGCAGAAUAGUCUCUUUGUUUGAAUUUCAAUCAUUUUCUUUGUUUUGAAGUAAAUGCACACCUGGUGCACCCUCGCACUUCAGCCCCAUGAACUCGCCAGAACUAAGUAUAAACACGUAUGCAAAUGGAACUGUUUCCAGAUAGCAGUAUGGCGACUGUGUAGGCAGCAACCCAGAUAAUUGUUUCUAGUACAUAUCAUUAAAUCAGGGGAGGUGGUUGUGGUGUUUGUUUAACUCAUGCUCAAACACGAUAGAAAUAUUUUGGGGUACUGUUUAGUUGUUAGGAAAAUGUUUUAGAUUCUUUUUUAUGUAAUGAAUUCACCAAACGUACAAUGGUUCCAUUAAUGCGUUGAUAACUCCUCCAAAAUGAAAAUUCAACAUAACCCCACCAGAAUGGAGAGUUUGUGAUCGCUUCAGUUUUGUUAACAACUCAUUGUUAACUAUUAACACGUCGAUCAAUGUUGGAUAUAAAAUGGUAACUCAUUUCAUUGCUGUAAUCUGUUACAUUAUUCUUCUGUGACUUUAAGGGGAAUUUUUGACAUUGAAAGAGUUCCAAUCACAGAAAUCCUAGCACAACAGGUAAAAACAAAGUUUAAAUAUCUGUUUUGACAUAUCUGGGCACUGUUACACUGAGCUUACCGUAAGAAACCAGAACAUAGACCACGUAAUUAAGUUAUCACUUGUUUAAACCGGUUUGAAGGAGUCCAACAUGGAUGACUGGGUCACUGGCAGUAAAGCAAAAAUUUAUUUUAUUAUUACCCAUAAGAAAUAAGAAGAGGAAUGCCAGUUCUUAGUAGAAAGGUUGCUUAAAGUAAGCAGAUUUUGAGACUACAAGAUAUUUCUACCAAAAGGGUAGCUUUUUAGAAAUUCAAAGAACAUUCAAAUCGAAUCUCAAAUUUUAGGCCAUAAAUCAUCAAACUGGAAAUUCUAAAGUGAGAAUUCAAAGUGAAUUUCAAAUUUAAGGCCAAAGUUGCUGAACAGAAAGUGUUGACUGAGAAUGUUUCCAGUUUGGCUAUUUUGACCUUAAAGGAACACUAUAGGGUCAGGAACACAAACAUGUAUUCCUGAUCCUUUAGUGUUAAAAUCACCACCAACAACCCUCACCCCUGUAUCCCAUUUGCCUACCUAAAUAUAGUAAAAUAUUGCUCGUAUUCAAGUAUGCAGCAGCUGCCUCUGCCCUUGACCUGCCUGUUUGGCUGAAGUGAUUAUGUAAGCCAAUCACAAUGCUUUCCCAUAGGAUUGACUGUCAAACACAGCCCUGGCCAAUCAGCAUCUCCUCAUAGAGAUGAUUUGAAUCAAUGCAGCUCUAUGAGGAAAGUUCAGCGUCUGCUUGCAAAGAAUAGACACUGAAUGUCCGUGCUGCUCACUCUGCAGCACUGCCCCAAGAAGCACCUCUAGUAGCCAUCUGAGGAGUGGCCAGUGGAGUUAUCACUAGGCUGUAAUGUAAACACUGCAUUUUCUCUGAAAAGACAGUGUUUACAGCAAAAAGCCUGAAGGUAAUGAUUCUACUUACCAGAACAAAUUCAAUAAGCUGUAGUUGUUCUGGUGGCUAUAGUGUCCCUUUAAAUUUGCAAUUCACUUUGAAUUCUUUCUUUAGUGAAUAACCCUGCCACAGCUUACACUUACACAAAUUGUCUUGAAUGUAGUGAAUAUGCACAUUAAAAUGUGCUGCUAAUCUAAAAUGGUGACUCUGAGUGUCAUUUUGAAUAUACUUAUUUCUGCACAGAUCUAAUCGAUAUUUAAGUGAUAUUCAUCCAUCAAAGCACUGUGAUUGCAUAGGGCUAAGGGCUAUGCUCACAUUACUGUACUCCGCGGUUAGAAGGACGGGAAAUAGCGGCUCUAAUACAGUAGGAAGUUCCGAUUAACGUUUCUCCUCCAUUACACACUGUGGGGAAAUAAUCAGCAAAACAGAUUCUGACUGGCUGACAUGAUGAUCUUUGCAGCCUUCUUUUUUCUUUUGUGAGUAACUGUUUCUGUCAGUGUGAACCUUUGGGAUUCUAACACUGCAAAUGAACAAAGAGG